AUGUCAUGGCGCCAGAACGAUAUUUUGAAAAUCCUCCACGGCCCUCAAAGCGCGGAGAGAGAACUUCUUUGCAAGUUUCGCCCAUUUAAUCAACAGUUUCUCGAUGAAGCUGGGAUUGAACUUCCAGAUCGAGUGCCAGUCCGUGCUGCUUCUAGCGGAAUCCUUUUACUCAAAGAAAAGCCUCAAAUACCUUCCAGCUUUGAGGAGCAUAGGAAGAUAGGGAAGGAAAUCAUUGACCGUGUGCCCCUUUCUGCAUGGAUCCAAUUGGCUCUCGAGAUACCAUCAGUGCAUAUUACUGCCUUGAAUCGGGAGAUGGACGAGCUCAGUCAGUUUGUGUUUGGUACCACAUAUUUGAGCAGAAUUUCUAAUUAUGAACUUGAAUUGGAGAUGUUCAUAUACGACACGUUAAAAAAUGCGGUAGAUUGUGCUAUAGAGGGAAUAUAUUCUCCCUUUGAGCUCACUAGCUACGAUGUCAUUAAGGGACCAUUAGGAGGAAUCCUUAACCAACCAUUACCGGUGAAGGACUUGCUACGACAGCUGAACUACAUCCAUACUUAUUGCCCACUUUCUGAAGUUAGUCUAAAGGACUUGAUUGAUAUCAACUUGGAUAUAGAGAAACCGACGAGAAACAUUGCCAGAGAAAUGGUUAAGAGAGAUUAUCGGACUUUUCAAGAAGUCAAAUCCCUUUAUCUCAACGGUCUUCCUAUUCAGCAACUGUUGAAGAUAAUGAAGCACCGGUCUCAGUUUCUGAGUUUCACAGCAAAAUCAUUGUCUUCUGACCCGGUGAUGAGAGAAAAACUUAUGAAUCUUAUCAAGAGCCAAGGACUACUACUCGAUGGCGGCGAUUAA